AGUCGCCGAGGAAUGUUUCGCCAGCUCGGCGUGCUGGUAAGCGUUAUCCGGUUGUAAUUACAGCUAAAGCGAGCUAACAAUAAAUAGAGCGCCAGCGUCGCUCGCAGCCAGACAGAUUUGAUUUCACGAGCGUCAUCAAAGCCUGGGAACCGGAGAAAGAGCGAGUUGUGCCGCUGAACCGGACUUUAAAAGCAGAAACUUGCUAUUUAAUUUAACCUAACCUUAUUUUUUUAAAAUCUAUUUCGUGCUGUUUCGUUUUAAUAUGUUUCUGCCCCCUCCUCCCACUUCCCACGAUGAUUUGUCGUUGAAAUAGUCUUUACACGCGUUAAUGGCAUCGAGUCGUGGGAUCCUGUUUUAGCGUGAGCUAGUCGUGGUAGCAACAUUAGGCGACAGGCUAAACGUUACGUUACAUUGGUCAUAACGCAUCGAAAUUGGAAAUAUAUUGACUCCAAGUGCGGUUUAUUUCACACUACAUAACUUUGGCCGUUGCUGUGACUUUAUUCGAGGGGCUGGUUGUGCUUUAAGGGGCAUCUUAGCCGGUUGUUUUGGUCGAGGACGCACAGAUGCGUUGAUUGUGUCUCAUUGUGGCUAACCAGCUAGCUAACCGUGCUAACUAGCUGGCUAACUAUUAUGCAUCACAAAAGCUCAUCCGCUUUCUGUUCAGUGCGCCGUCGCGUAGCCAAAUGGUCGGCUGGGCUAGACUAAACAAUACAUCCUCACUCCAGUCUUUUUUCUUUGCUCGCCUCGAUACAAGUCACCGCUUAGUCACCCGACUGCGCCUUCCUAAAAAAAAAUGACUGGAUUGUUUUGUUGUCUGGCUGGAUUUGACCCAAAUAUCGUUUUGUUUUAGGCAAGUGUAGUGAACCGAUUAUUAUGGCAAUACUGCAACCGAUGCCCCCAGCUUCUGCAUUCACGUUGGGUUAGUGCUAGGCAAAGGUGGCAAGUGGCGUUGUCCAAUAUGCACCAAAGUGCGAAAACAAUAGCGAUGUCUGCCCCAAACAGGUUUUAUUUUGGCUGCAAUCCAAGUCACGCGUGGGGUUAAAUGUGAUAUUCUUCUCCUGCAUUCCUCUUUAGAUUGAUUGCCCUCCUUCUUCCCCUGCACAAAGCAAAACCACCACCAUGAGUAUUAUCCAAGACAAAUUAGGCAAUGAGUUUUUGCGCAACGGUGGCAUGGACCCCAAUUUUGCACCAGGUAUGCUCAUGUUCAGUCACCUGCCACCCGUCACCAGCUUCACACGGCUGGCCUCCCAGUCCGUUAUGGGCGAGCUUCCCCAGGAGAUGAUCCUGAAGAAAGAACGUGACUCGCCCCCAGAACACCAGGGCGCUGUGAACACAGGGGGCUUCCUCCACAGCAUGGGCAUUAAGCAGGAGCGGCUAAGCGAGCUGGAUUACCGCAUGCCCCUCUAUGGCGGGGGUGGAGGAGUAGGGGUGAACUGUGCUGGAGGGGGCGCGGGGAAGAGUGGUAGUGACAUGCCGGACAUGUCUUUCGGCAACCACCACCAAAAUCACCAGAACAUGCUCCUGCACGACAUCAGCCUCAGCAACGUUCGUUCCCUUGGAGAACCGAUGCCUGGAAGAUCGGGUAAAGAGCCAAAAGAGGCCUCAGGUAGAAGAGGUCGGAGGAACAAUGGGGACGGGCAGGGUGUCAAAGUACGAAGGAAACGCAACGAUGCUGCAAAGGCCAUGAGUUUGGAUGCAGAUGGUGCCUGCCUGUCCCCCAGCUCAAAACCACAUAUCUGUGAGCACUGUAAUGCUGCCUUCCGCAGCUCCUACCACUUGCGCAGGCAUGUGCUCAUACACACAGAUCGCACAGGUGAGAGGCCUUUCCGGUGCAGUCAGUGUAACAUGAGCUUCAUUCAGAAGUACCUGCUCCAGCGGCAUGAGAAGAUCCACAGUGGAGAGAAGCCUUUUAGCUGUGACCAGUGUAACAUGCGUUUUAUCCAGAAGUACCAUAUGGAACGACACAAAAGGACACACAGUGGCGAGAAGCCAUAUCGCUGCGAUACCUGCCAACAAUUUUUCUCAAGAACAGACCGGUUACUGAAGCACAAACGGACUUGUGGAGAAGCCAUAAAGAAGGGCCUGGACCCAAGCAUGCUGGAGCUCAGCGAAGCAGAGCUAGGCCAUGGCAGCUAUUCACUCACUCAGGGAAACUCUACCACCUCCGGACGCAAAAGGGCCAAGUCUAAAAACGGUGAGAGCGGUAAGAGGAAGAAGAAUGCCUCGGCAUCAGUGGCAGCAGCCUCAUCCUCUGGGGGGAUGGCCCGUGACCUGGGCCUUCAGGACUUCAGCAUGGAGCACCCCUCAGGCUCUGGCCCUGCCAUGCAGGGACGCACUCCCAAAUUGGUCUUUAAAAAAGCUGGCCGCAAGGGCAUGGACAAGGGCCUCCUCUCUUUGGAAGACGUUGACGUACAAAAACGGUUGGGCCAGAAGACUGGCUCCAUGGAUCAUGUGGAUAGUUCUGGCCUUGAUAACAUGGGUCUACUCCAGGGUGCCGGGGGCAACAAGCAGGGUGCGACCACCAGCAGCAACUACGAUGAUGCAAUGCAGUUUGUGAAAAAGCGGCGCUACCUCCAAGCAGUUAACAGUGACUAUGGGGCUGGCUCACUGCACAUGGCAACCCAGGGCAGUAGUGUAAUCCAGGGCUCCCUGGGGCCUGAGCCCACGCUGGCCAUGCUGGACUCCUCGCCUUUGGAACUCAAGCACGACAAGUCGGGCAUUCCAGAUGAGGUACUGCAAAGCCUGCUAGACCAUUAUAGCCAUAAGCCAGAGGGGACACACCACCACGACGUGACUUUCGACCUAUCAGACCACCCACACCACGUUGACCUCCAGCCGGCAGCCCCUGUUACUCCUGAACUGGAGGAUGACUCGCCCAACGGUGGUGACAAGACAGCAGUGAUGAGCGAGUACUCAAAGUUCCUCCUACAGGCCCUGGAGCGCACCAGCCAUAGCGGACCCUUCCCCAGCCUCGGUCCAACAGGGCCUUUCCCACUCCUGUCCAGCAGCUCCAGUCCCACAGGGCCCCUCUUCUCCGACAAACACGUGUACAACACAUCGCCACUGGACUGUGGCUACCCUCCCGCUGUCUCCUCCCCACUGCCCAUCGUCGCCCCUUCAUCAACCUCCUCCUCGUCCUCCUCCAAGUCCCACUAUGCCAUGCUCGUUGGCUCCCCCUCCCAGGCAGGCUACCACCUCAGCUUGGACUCUACCAGCCACCAGCAGCUGACUCCUUCUCAGGAGCUGACUGAGCAGUUGGAGAAGCAGCACUCCCCUGGCACCUUCAACCUACCUCCCCAGGACCUGACUGCCUCGGCGGAGGGCUCGAAGGGGCAGCAGUCCAAGGCCGGAGUGAGCUCUGCACCCACCAACGGCUCCAGCUACCCAGACCUGUCCCCACUGAACCCCCCUAAAGAAACUACGUAUCAGAUCGAGAACUUCGCCCAGGCUUUUGGCUCCCAGUUCAAAUCAGGGCGGCGGACCCCUCUGGGCUAUGGCAGCGAUCCUGGGGCAGAGGUCGACCACCGAAUACGGACUCCAGUGUCAGAAUUCUCAGGGUAUACCAGUUUGUUAGCUGACGUCAGUGAGCCAGUGAGUACAGGAUCAAAAACCCCGACAAGCCAAAGUUUCAGAUAAGGGUCAAACGAGGUGAAUCCAGUAGGGGGCUGUUCUGUUGCUGUCCAUACAGUCCCUAUACCCAUCCUAAUUUUGUUCUUGUAGCAAAGUUUUGUUUUUUAAACACUGCCAUUAAAUGUUAAUACAAAAUGACCAGGGAGGGUCUUACAUGGCAAGCAAUGCAAUUUUUAAAAUAUUCUAAUUUUUAUUAUGUAUUUAGUCGCUCAAUUUUUGUUUUAGAGUAGUGUUUUUGAUAUGAACGUACCAGAGAUUUAAAUGUAAUUUAGAACAUUUAGAGGGUAGCUAUGAACUUGC